UUUUCACCGGAUAUUACGUCAAAGUGUGACCUUCCACUUUGCCUUGUGGUAUUUGACUGCGUUGGCCGCACACACGGACAAAUCGGUGUUGCUAUGCGCACUGGUGCUUGUUUACAAUAAAAUGAAAGUAUUCGCCCUAUGAAGAUUCUUACGACACAGGUUGUUUCCAUACUAACCGGAGGAAACAAUGGUCAAGUAUUUCUGCUGCGCAGGUUUACUGAAAUGCUCCUGGGACCAAGUUUGCGUUGCUUUCUGGCAACGGUAUCCAAACCCCUACAGUAACCAUGUUCUGACUGAAGACAUCAUUUUCCGAGAGGUAACCCCCAGCAACUGCCUCAUUUCCAGACGUCUUUUGACCAAAACGAGCCGGGCGCCACGCUGGAUGGAACGCUAUCUUCCAAAGCACAUGGCUAGCUGUGCGUACAUCGUGGAGGACUCCGUUGUGGACCCUCAGAACAGAACGAUGACCACGAUGACGUGGAACAUUAGUCAUGCUCGUCUUAUGUCUGUGGAAGAGCGAUGCCAAUAUCGAAUUAACCCUGAGAAUGGCAGCUGGACUGUAAUAAAUAGAGAGGCUUGGAUUUCGUCCAACGUGUAUGGUCUCUCGAGAGCUGUUCAGGAAUUUGGUCUCGCAAGGUUUAAGAAGAGUGUUACUAAGACCAUGAAGGGUUUUGAAUAUGUGCUGGCCAAAAUGCAAGGUGAAACGCCAUCAAGGAGUUUGGCAGAAGCAGCAACAGAGCGUGCAAGAGAGACAGCGCUGGCAGCUAAGGAGAAAGCCAAAGACUUAGCCUCACAGGCUCAGAAGAAACAAUACGUGUGAUGAUUCCUUUGCCCUGGAUUUCGGGGAGACUUGUCAUUAAACUUUCCUCAGUGCAGCGAUGCAUUGUGUUGACUGAUCCGACUAAAGGCCUCUGUGAGGAAGCAAACCGCUAAUGGGGUGGGUGGAACAUGUGACAACCCCAGUCAAGCCUCUUCCAGCCCACUUGUACCUUCGUCAGUCAUCCUAAUCGUGUUCCUCUACAAAUCAGCUCACAGGUGCUUAUUAGAAAAUGUUCCUGUCGCUUUCAAGCCCAUCUUUUUUGCUUUUAUGGUCAACAUUUCAAAUGAAUGCUGAAUGCAAAUCAUUGUACAUUUUACCUCAUUAUUGUAUGUAAUUUUAAAUGAUUGUAUUAGUUGAACAAAACCCAAGACUGUCAUGGCUGCCUUGUAAUGCUUGACAGAAAAUUGAGCACUCAAAAAAGUUAUGAAUAAAACCAAAAACAAAGAUUACAAUGUGAUCAGAAAAUAACUUGAAUAUACUGAAGAUAAAUGGACACCAUCUUUUUUAACUUUUUGUGUGUGUUGAAUAAAUAAAGAUUCUUUAAAUAUAGAAAAUAUUUAUUCAUUAAAAAAAGCUUACACCAUUUAAAAAAAAAUGCUACAUAAUAUUACUGGGCGGAGAGAGUGAACGCAUACAUAAAAUGGCAUUAAAAAGGUAAUAAGGCAUUUUGCAUAUAGAUACAAAAGGUGAGGGCAAAAUGUGCCUUCGGUUAUUAAAUAUAGAGCAGUAUAAUACAUACAUGUAAUACAGCCAAACCAUUAUCUAAAGAAGUGAUCAAGAAGAACCAUGGCUGUGCAAGUAUUGAUGCUUUCCAUCCAACACAUCAAAACUCACACAGACUAGUCAGUAGAGUGUGCAAGUACACUAAAUGAAUUUAAGGCACAGUCACAGAAUUGUGCAAUAAUGACCACCAAAUCAUUUCUGUUACCUGUAUCUUCACUUUCGAUAUACUCACAACUCUUAAGAGAAAAGACAAGUGCAAUGUGAGGAUGUUUGUGUGCAACAAAAGAAAACAAAAUGACAUGGUGUAUAUAAACCAUAACAAAGAUUAAUGUUUAAGUGCGGGCCACUUGUGGCCUUACUGAGAUAUACUGUAAUGCUUAGGAGAAGCUUAAAAAUAAAAGAAACUAGACCAAUUCUAGUUUAAGGCUGAAGUCACUGUAGGCAUAUUAAAGUCAAAAGUUUCCAUUUCUUUUGGGGGGGGACUUUUUUUUUCUAAAACAAAUCCCUUACCCACUGAAUGAAUCCUCAUGACUUGGAUAUGUUUUUUGAACAGAUAUUCUAGCCCAGUGAUGUGAACUGCUCUUCAGUGCAAAUAGAUACAGCUCAUUCAGAACCGACUAACAUGAUUACGCUUGCGGUAUAACAUUCAAACAAUGUUGAAAAACUGCUUUUGUAAGAAAAAAAGGGUUCGUUCACUUGUGCAGUAUUAUUGUCCUCACCCUUUUCAUUUUUGGAAUGUUGUCGCCUCCCUUCUCUCUCCCCUGCCGUCAUGAUGAUGAUAGCUGCUGUCAUAGCCAAGCUUUGUCCAUAGUAGAGUAACAGUGAUCUGCAGCGCCGCAUGGCACGUGCUGCUCUUCCGAGUCCAUACAAUCAAACACAAUGCUCUCCACGUCCACCUCUACGUCCUCUGAAAACAGUAUACAACAUGCGUCGUCAAACAGGAUGGAAGUGUAUUUAUUUUAGGUUCAUCUCUACAUAAUCCACUUUCAAUAUCAUUAAUAACCAACCAGUUCUGCAGCACAUUGCCUUUUCAAAAGAAGACAAAGUUCCUUAUCGAGUUUCCCUAACAAGACAUUUUUAUUUUUUUUAGGUAUUGUAAGUAGGAGUGCCAUUUUCUAAUCCUCGAUUUUGGAAAAGGGUGCACCUUUAACUCUAUAUUGCCAAAUGUAUCACAUUUGAUAUAAUCAUUUCUGUAC